UGAACCAUAUGAUGUCAGGCAUUCCAUCAACGUCAUCCGAAAGACAAAACGCGCUUUCGGUUUUCAGCUUUCGCUUUCAAGAAGUCCCGCCCCUACUGUAAGGUUACUGUAGCCUAUGAUGUUGCAUGCCGCGUUGGCGUAGACUAUCGGAAGUCAACAUUCUGGUUGUCAUCUGUCAGGGCCAGGGAUAGGCUUCUUACAACCGAAACAUAGGCUCUACCUGCGAAAUGUGUGGCUUUUCUAAGGAGUCCUGGAUGUGACUCCCCUGUAACCUCAACUCUCUCAUGAUUGGCCGAACCAGCAUGAAAUGAGAGUAAAUUGCACGUCACCUAUAGAAUGUGGAGAUUUGCGAUUGCGAUUCGCUAAUUUAAUUAAAGAUAGGCCUAUAGGCUGAACAUUAUUAAGCUAUCACAAAUGAUCACAAAUAAUGUUAUAGACUAAUAUGCAGGCCAAUGUUUAGGCUAGCCUAUGCUUAUCAGUUAAAAGGUUAUGGAACAUUUGUGGAGGCGAAUAAUCGAUAAUUUCAUGUAGUUGAUGUUUUAUGCAUCCAAAAUAUUCACGUCGGUGAUUAUUGAUCAACAUUAUCCACGUUUGAGCUGUCACAUAUAAGCUAGGCUUAUUAUUCAGAGCCAAGUGACGUUGCAGCAGGGAUUCCCGUGCUGGGAGCGCCUCACUCACCUUUGGACUUCUAAUGCGGUCGGCACAUCAAGGACCUGGAAAGUGAAAUGCUUUUCAUAGGUUGUCCAUGGAUGCAGCAUAAAUUCCCGCAGUAUAGCAGGAACUAUUUGACCUUGCUGGAAGAGAUGGGUGAGAAGAUAACAGAGGACAACGUGGGACUUAAUUUCCCUGAUGAGCUGUACAGACUUGCAAGAAAGUCACAGCCUGAGAGGAUCAUCUGGUUCAUAGCCCAGGUGCUGGACGAGGUGUCGCUCCUGCUGGACGAGAAUGUGACCGCCGUGGCCUGGGACCAGAAGAAGCUGAAGGACUUCAUGAGCACCCUGGACACACAACUGGUGGCAACUCAGUCAUGUGUUAGUAAGACUAAAGGGAAUAAGAGACUGCACCUGUAUUUCAAGAAACUGAGAAAUGAAACACUGGGGAAAAUGGAGGACAAGGCCAAGGCCUGGGAGUUGAUCAGGAAGGAGGUUCACCGCCACCUGACGAAGGUCGACCUUCUGGCCAGCACACGCCUCUAAACACCAAACCCUGCCACAGCUACAGCCAAUGGGACUGAGGAUGCACCAGGACUACUGAUGUACUCUGAACUUUCUGCUCUAAAUGAUUCUGAGGUGGUCUAGGUUUAUGUAGUGUUACAAUUAUUCAUUUAUCAGAACGAUUAUGUGAAAGUUAUUAUUUGUUUACAAUACUGUUAAAUGUAUUUAUUUGUCUACCUAGAUUGUAUUAAUGAACUUAUUUAUACAUUUAUUUAUUUUCUGUAUUUAUUAUUUAUUAUUUUCUGAGCCCUGUGAAUAACAUGAGGUGGUGGAGGUUACAUCUAUCAGGUGUUAAAAUGAUUAAUUCAUCAGACUGAUGACUUUCUGUGAAAUGUGUUGUUUAUUUUAUAAUACUGUUCAAUUUAUUUAUGUAGAUGUAUUUACUGCUGCGUUUAUUUAUUGUAGAUGGUAACACAACAAGUGGCUGAUAUAGAAACCCUUUUUGUAUAUUCUGAGCACUCUAGUUUACAAUGAGUCUCUAAAGAAUUUUGAGAGCUGUGCAUUUUAUAUAUGACGUGGAUAUGGCUACAUUUAUCAAAUGUUUAAAUUAUUUAUCCAUCCGACCGAUGAUGUUCUGUGAAAGAGGUUUAUUCAUUUCAUUAUUAUGUUCAUCUUAUUUAUUUAUCCUGGUUUAUUUGAUGUAUUUAAUUAUUGUACACUCCAACACAAUUGAUGCAGAUUUGUUGCAUUUCAAUAAAAGCAUUGUUUAUGACAAAUUGUUAAAUGCUUACUUUUU